GACGCCGCCAGACGAGGCCAGACACAACCAACAGGUAGACCAGCUGGACAUCAACGUGCUACCAAAGGAAAGAGAAAGAUGGAAUAACAUUUCAGGUGCUACCAGACCGGCAGUGGCAAUAUGUUCCUGAUCUACUCGACACAAGGCUCAGUAUCCAUUUUGCUUGUAGUGCGUGAUCAUCCUUAACGUCUUUCUGUAAAAUUUAAAAAAAGAAGACAAUAUUCAGUGAAUAAUAUUUAGGAAAAUUUGGUGCCUGGUACUGUUUUGAUUAUCGUGCAAACUUUGUGAGAAAAUUGAAAAUUCAAAAAAGUAAAAGAGUAUAUUGAUUUUAUAAAAUGUCAUUACGAGUUCUGAGUACUCGGUUAAGGAUAUAAAAUAUUUAUCCUUGUCUCUUGAUACAAGACCCACCUCGUGUAUAAUAUGCAUAUAUACAUGCAUGAUUGACUUUCUUGAAAUUCAUUAAAAUGAAAGUGUAUUUUCAUUAAAGAAACACAAUGAGCGAGAUACAUUUUUCUUUGUAAAUCUUUCUCGGGAUGCGAGAAAAAUACGAAGAAUUGAUUUCCGACAAAGGAGAAACGUACCGCUAGUAAGAAGUAAGGUGGAGAUUCUAUUUGCGCAAUAAUAAUAACAGCAAUACCCGGUAACACGAGAAAAGAAUACAAAGUAGGGAGUACCUCUGAGGAAUAUAUAAAUGUGGUGAGAAUUCGUGAAAAAGUGAAAAAAAAAAUAAAUAGAAAUAAAAAGGACAAUAACGAGAGUGUCGUAUAUCGAUAAGAGCAAGAUGAGAAUCUUGACAGAUACGUUUGUCCUCGAUUUAUUUAUCUUGGAAAACCCAUGAAUGUAUCGUCGUCACUCCGAUGGAUAUACGCAGAGGAUCCUAGUGACGCCAAGAAAGAAUCGUAUAUUUUCUCAAGAGAUGCGAAGAUUCCGGGUGUGUCGUUACUCCGUAGUCUGUACUCCAUGGCGGCGUGUUGUGCUGCGUGUGCUGUGACGUGCUGUGUCGUGCUCAGAGGGUGAGGCAUCUCUAUACGACUCUGGCAUAGCAAUCACGUAGAAUAGGUAGGCGAGCACGUUCAACCAAAUCCUCGACAUAUUCAUCAUCCAUUGCGGAAGCUGAAGAAGAGAGUCUUCCAGAAGGACGUGUCGUAGCGUGCUCGAGUCCUUCCACUUCGAAAUUUCAUUUGAUUGGUUCUGGAGGUAGAAGAAAAAAAAAUGGUUAUCGCCAGUACGAGAACGAGCGGAUCGCGCGAGGAAACCGGUAAUAAAUUGCGGAGAUCAAGAAGAUUGUCCUCGACGAGAGGGCUUGCUCUUAAGGAUAUUGGAAAUUCAGAUAAUCGAGAGGGUCCGUCUUUGCCGAGGCAGGAUCUCAAUCAAAAGCUUGGGCUAUGUCCUAUUGUCAGUAAAAAUGUAGAUGACCGUGAGAAGAUUGGUAGCAAGGGGAGCAGUGUUAUUGAUUGGGAAGUUAAUGAGAGAAUUAGUCUGAGUAGUGGAUCAAGUGCUGGGAUUGAGGUUAGGACGGAUACUAAAAAUGGAAUUGAAAUUAGUAGUCCGCGUAGUAGGAACCUGAUGGAGCCCUCUGGUGGAAGAGGAGUCUCCGAGACUCGGAAUCCUUCCACGAGGAACAAAGUAUGCUUGAGGAAUGGUUCGAAGCCUGUUCUUGAAUUAAUGAACGUUUCCGGAUUUUCUGGGGCUGAGCAGAAAAUGCAUUCCUCAAAAUUAAUGGAGAGUAGAGCACGAGAGGCUUAUAUGGAUGAUGCUGAGGUCGUUCGCGAGGAUGAAAAUGUUCUGAAGAGCGACUCCAAGUAUGAGAUUGGUAUCCUUGCUGAGACGUCUAGAAAGAAAUCUAAACAGAGAAGAGAAUCUGUCAUGGGUACGAUCAAGUCACAGAAAUCUAAAACACCGAUGAAAUCUGGUGACAAGAUGGCCGCACCUGUUGGCGAUCGCAGGUGGACCGCGGCGAAGGCUAAAGUGGACAAGACAAAUGACUCGAUUUCCAAGAGACUCGAAUUGAUUCACGAACUCAAUCAAAAGAUCCUGGCAAACUACGAGAAGUUCCAGCAGAGAUCCAAGAGGAGUCACUCGAAGGGCUCGAAGGAUUCGAAGGAGUCUCUCAAGGGUAGCUCAAGAACAGCGGAGACAGGAAAUGGUCGAAGUCCACUUCCGGAUUUUGAAAGGAUCUAUGAUAAUCAUGAUCAUCUCUAUACUGAGAUCGUUUCCAAGCGCAAAACCAAAUCCUCAGACAAUUGUAAACUCCAGUUGAGAACUAAACACGAUGAUCCAGGGCUUCGACAAGGUAAUCUGGACAGCAACAAGUUCACCUUCUCCAAGGACUAUUGUGAAAGAUUGGUCUCGAGUAAGGAUCGACCGACGAGUUUACAAAAGAGAACAAAAACGCCAAAGCCUUAUCAGGACCUCAAUGAGAAUUUUAGUCUCGCAGCAAAACCAACUUUUCACAAUCAGGAUAUACCCAAUAGACCCGAAAGCACAUCCUCCAGGAUAACUAGUUCGAUAUUUUAUCUGGAACAGGAGUCCAGGAUCCUUCAAUCUAACAAGGACGAACUGGAGGACAGACAAAUGUCCUGUAGAUCAUCAAUAACGAAAAAAGACACAGAGCACAGUUGUACCAGAGAUAAAUACGAUGAAGUCAAUCAGGAGAGUCCCGGAGGGGAACUCAAGAAACAAAAAAUUUUAGAGAAUCAAAUUUUGGCCGACCUCAACGAGACUAUAUUGAAAUUUGAAAAAAAGUCAUCCGACAGUCCAACUGACGACAGCUCAGAGACUACCGACAAGAGUCAAAGCUUCAGUACAGACUCGAUCCAAAGCAGUCCUAGAAAGAGUCCUGAGAAGCGUAAAGAUCCCAGCUUGAUGGAGACAUUUAACUCCUCUUGGGAUUCUGGAGUGGGUGUUGAAGUGGGAAGUGGAAGUGGCUGGGUCAGAAUUCACACGGGAAUCGAGAGCAGCCUGGUAUACCUGACUCUCGACACUACCAGCAAGGAUGUUUGUCGAGAUAUGCUUCUAGGUGAGGAGUUAGCCAUCUUCGUUCAGUACGGCGGCGAGCCUGGACGUAGAUUAUCGAUGCAGGAGAAGCCCCUGGAGCUGCAAGAUGAGUUUCUUCAACGCCUUGGUUACCUGGAAGCGUCGAGACGAGCUCGUCUGGGUGUGGAUCCGGAAUUGCGUCACCUAAUCGCCUUCCACGUGGGUCCAGCCAGCCCUCUGCCAGAACUCUUAGGCUAUAGCAGGUGUGGUUAUGCCCUCGUACUGAAAGGCUUGGUAUUUCCGCAAUGGAAGCGUCGACCUCUAGCUGUCAUCGGUUCAAGACUGUUACUGUAUCCCGCGACCCCCAAUUCGCGACCGGAAUGGAUGGAGCUCGGUGGAGGUGGUGGUGCUGUUUGCUACGCACCCUCCAGAAUUGGCAAAUUGGUUUUACGAGUAACCGGCUUCCCAAGGAUAACGCAGCAGACGUCGCAGACCGAUGAAUAUCGAAUCGAUGCUCAUCAUCAGGAAACAAGACAUCUGUACCUUGGUUUCCAUCAUCCCUGGGACCGGGAUCUUUGGCGCGGUUGGCUCAAGCAGGCUACUCAACUGAAUGCAUGUCCCAGAAGACUCGAUCUGAGCAAAGGUGGACUCUCCAGGAUCCCAGACAGUGUGGUUGCCUUCCCAGUUAUUGAGGAGAUCUUCCUGGGACAGAAUCAAUUGGCGAAUCAUGACAGUAAUCUUGGUAUCUUGCAAAGAUUUCCACGACUGAGCGCCGUUAAGUUGCAAGCAAACGCUCUACGAGUCGUCCCAAGGGAAUUGCUGGAGCUACGACAACUGACGAGUCUGGAUCUGUCUGACAAUAACAUCGAGGAAUUAUCGGGAGAGAUAAUUCGUCUUGGAAGCCUUAAGGAAUUGAUACUCGAUCGAAAUGGACUUAAGGAUGUGCCAGAUGAAGUUGGACAAUUGAAGCAUCUUCGAUAUAUCUCUCUGGCUGGGAAUCAACUCAGUGCUUUGCCAUCAUUUCUCGACAUGCGAGCUCUUGCACUUACGGAAGUGCAUCCGAGGAGCGACCACGGGAAAAGCAAUCGCAGGGAUGAUAGAAACAGCUAUCAGAACUUGCAGAGAGUGAAUCUGAGAAACAAUCAACUGAAAGGAAGCAUAAUUCUUGGCAAUUAUGGGAAUCUAACACAUCUGGACGUCAGCGAGAACAAUAUCGAGCGUCUGGACGUCGGAGCUCUGGAAGAAUUGCAAAGCGUUCGAUGCGCCAGGAACAUCCUCACCGAAUUGACCUUAUGCGGAAAGAACCUGGUGUCCCUGAUCGCUGGAAACAACAAAUUAAAAAAAUUAAUUAUCGAGCCCAUCCCCACGAAUUUGGAACAUCUAGACAUCUCCUAUAACGCCCUAGAUGCUCUUCCGGAAUGGACACCCGACCUUCCUGUUUUACGGGCCCUUUUUGCUUCCCACAAUGCUCUGACGGCACUUCCGGAUAGACUCCUGUCGCAACCCUCGAGACUCGAGGUCCUCCACUUACCACACAACAGAUUACAGGCUCUACCACCUCCCAGGAGACCUUUGAACGUCGUCCAUCUGACUCUACAAGGAAAUUCCCUAACUGCCUUGCCAAUGAGUUUCUUCGCGUAUACGGAAAGGUUGAAGGUACUGAACCUUUCUAACAAUCGACUCUCUGAAUUACCCUGUAAUGACGAAUCCACCAAAGCUACUAUUGGCGAGGGUACUCCUUGUCUGGAGAAGCUUUAUCUCACUGGAAAUUGUUUAACUGACACUGCCCUGGACGCUCUCGCUAGAUUAAAGGAUCUACGCGUUCUUCAUAUAGCAUAUAAUACAUUGGAUACCUUACCAGAAAGCUGCAUAGCAUCCUGGAACGACCUCGAGGAAUUGAUUCUCUCUGGUAAUCGGCUACAGUAUUUACCAGAUAAUGUGGCGAAUCUACAACAUCUUCGUGUACUACGAGUUCACUCCAAUCGACUACUCACGUGUCCUACCUUCAGUAAAACUACGUCACUCAGGAUUUUAGACCUGGCUCAUAAUCAAUUGGAUAGGGUCAAUCUAUCCACGUUGGUACCACCACAAUUGCAGUUCCUGGAUAUAUCCUGCAAUUCCAGAUUGCAUGUAGAUCCUAGACAAUUCCAGGUAUAUAGAUCUCAGAGACCCGUAUCCCUGGUGGAUGUGUCUGGUCAGAAUAGAUCUAGCUUGCCUUCGCAUCCACAUCAGCAAGAUAUUGUCUCCACGGAACGUGGUAUGGAGCAACCGUGGAGGCUGGGUUUCUCAGAAACUGGGGGUGGUAGAGAAAAACUGUACGUCUCGCAAAUUCGUAUGCCAGCAUUUUGCAACGUGGAGGGACUGUUUGGAAUAUUUGAUGGAGGUUCGAACCAGGAAGCUCCUAGCGCCCUGCAGGAGAUGAUACCACGUAUUCUCCUGGAAGAACGAACAGUUCGGGAGACGUCAAAGGAUUAUAUAAAGUAUACGCUACUGUCUGCUCAUAGAGAAUUAAAAGAAAAGGGACAGAAAUACGGGAUUGAUGCGACUUUAAUUCACAUCACGAGGAUUCCCUCGCCCCAGGGAUAUCCUCAGACUUCCAGGAGGUAUUCCCUGAAGGUUGCCUCAUCGGGUGAAGCAAAAGCUGUCCUGUGCAGAGCAGCAGGACCUCUGGUCUUGGCACCACCAAAGAAAGUUAAUUCUAAAAAUCAGCUAGGUAACGCAGCCAUGUUCCCUCUGGUAGUACCAGAUCCAGUUUCCGAGGAAGUAUUCCUGGAGGACGACGACGAGUUUGUGAUAAUCGCAAAUAGGAGACUCUGGGAAGUACUAAGUGUUCAGGAAGCUGUGCGCGAAGCAAGAGCGGAAGCGAGUCCCGUGUUAGCAGCUAAGCGACUCCAAGAUCUAGCUCAAGCCUAUGGAGCCGAAGAUAACCUCAGCGUAAUGGUCCUCAGACUUACAGGACCUGGUCCAGGUGAUCUAGAUCAACUGAUGCGCGAACUCCGGCACGCAGUAGGGAAAAAUCGAAAUCAGGUCGAGAAUAGUUGUUCCUGUCCAUGCUGCCAACCUCCAACACCUCACAAACCGCCAGCUCCAUGUUGCUGCCACAUUGGUGAAGGCUACUAUCUAAAUGGCGUACUGAAAAACAUCGUCAAUAGGUCAGGCAAAGUCCACAACGGUUCCGGAAGGUUCUAUAAAAAUCGUAGGACUUCCGAAAGUGAAAGUCCUCCCUACGGUGAUGAUCGAAGUUCCCCGAGCGGCCAAUCAGACCAGGCCAGCGACAGUACCUUCAAAUCCAGACAUCCAUCCGGUCGUACCUGGGCUGGUAGCGCCGCAUCCAGAGCUACCAAGGCUCGUCAAAGUGUUCUUAUGCAGGAGAAUGGUACCAGGAAGGUUUCCCCAGGUCUUCCAACUCAAGAAGACGCAGGAUCCGAAAGAUCAGGUGCUCUCAGCGAGGAACAAUUCAGAUGCUGGGAAUAUAUGCUCGAGCAAAAUACACAAUUACUCUUUGAUAAGGAACUGGACACGCUCACUCGCUCUCCUCUUCGGAGAGGUCAAUCCAGGUCGACUCCACAAUUAGCAGCCAACUUGCCAUUUCUCUCCAAAAGAUUUGGAAGUGCCAGGACCUUCAAUCCUGGUUUACCCAGGGCGCCCGUCAUGAGAUUUGGCAGUGGACGACGAAUUCUCAAUGGCGGACCUAAUGCUGCUUAUUUUGGCAGCUUACAACGACUUAUGCCCUAUAAUCUAGAGUAUGACUUUGCUGUUAUCCAGGAAAGGUCUGGCAUGGAUUCCUUGGAACAGGAUGCCACUAGGAUGCAGCAAUACUGGGGUGUAGCUACCACAGAGCUCUGAUUACAAAACCAAUAUUUUUACUUAUAAAAUGAAUCGUGUGAUAUACAAGUUCCAAGGAUACACAGAUUCUCAGCAUUCUGCCCAUUUUCCUCAUUUGUAAAUAGCUAGGAAAUAAAGUAACGCUCUUGCGAUAAGAUACGACGAUAAAUUAAUCGCUGACAUGACGAAUUAUGUUAUAAAACAUUAUCAAAUUUUAUACCAAGUGGUAAACAACAUUUUAUUGUACCUGAACAGGUUGAAAUUCUCACUCUCUUUCUUUUUCCCUAUCUCUCAUCGUCAAGUUACUCUUUACGAUACUUGAUUAAUCUGAACACUGUUAUAUAAAAUGGCGCGCAUGUAAGUACAACAUGAGCAUACAUACUAUUUGUCCCUUGUCGUAAAAACACGACAAAGUAUGAGAUAAAUGAUCUAUCUACGUGUACCUAUGACUAAUAUAAUAUAACAUUUUAUCGAUAAUCAAU